GGGCGGCGGCAGCGGCGCGCUCGGUAUCGGCAGCGCUAUCAGCGACGGCAGCGAUAUCAGUAACGGCCGCGGUAACGGUAGCGGCAUCGGCAGCGCUGUCAAUAUCGGCAGCCGUAUCGAGCGACGAUGUGAGCCGCGGUCCCGGGCAUGGCCGAGCCCGCCGGAGGGGCCGGGCAGCGCCCGCCGCCCGCGGGGCGCAGGAGGUGACGGACUCCCCAUGAGAGCCCCCGGCAGGUGAGGUGCUCGCGGGACGCCGGCGAUCGCUGUGUGCUGAGGCUGGCACAGAGACAUGAGUGGCAGCACGAGCCAGCGCGCCGCCGCCCUGGGGGUCCUCUUUGCCCUGAUCAUGUUGCUGAUCAUCUACAGCUCCGGCAACGGGAGCGAGGUGUUCCCCUACAGCCGCCUGCGGGGCAGAGCCCGCCGGCCCCCCGACCUCAAGAAGUGGGGGGUGAAAAGCGGGUACCUGCCUGUCUGCGGGAACAAGCAGACCCUGACCACCCGCUGCCACCAAUGCGUCAUUGUCACCAGCUCCAGCCACCUCCUGGGCACCCACCUGGGCACGGCCAUCGACGGGGCUGAGUGCACCAUCCGCAUGAACGAUGCUCCCACCACGGGCUACAGUGCUGAUGUGGGCAACAAGACCAGUUUCCGUGUGGUGGCCCACUCCAGCCUCUACCGUGUCCUCAAGCGGCCCCAGGAGUUCGUCAACAAGACCCCAGAGACGAUGUUCAUCUUCUGGGGGCCGCCCACCAAGAUGCAGAAGAGCCUCCUGAAGAUCAUCCAGCGCGUCUGCGCCUCGUUCCCCAACAUGACAGCCUACGUUGUCUCCCCCGGCCGCAUGAAGCAGUUUGAUGACCUGUUUCGGGGAGAGACAGGGAAGGACAGGGAGAAGUCUCGCUCGUGGCUCAGCACUGGCUGGUUCACCAUGGUGAUCGCGGUGGAGCUGUGCGACGCCAUCCACGUCUAUGGCAUGGUGCCACCCAGCUACUGCGGCCGCCACCCCCCACCCCGCCGCCUGCCCUACCACUACUACGAGCCCAAGGGCCCCGACGAGUGCACAACCUACAUCCACAACGAGCGGAGCCGCCGCGGCAACCACCACCGCUUCAUCACGGAGAAGAGGGUCUUUGCCAGCUGGGCCAGCCUCUACAACAUCACCUUCUCCCACCCCACAUGGACCUAGGGGCUGCCCCACGCCUGCUGGGCAGUUGGGAUGGAUGGAUGGAUGGACGGACGGACGGACGGACGGACGGACGGACGGAUGGAUGGAUGGAUGGAUGGGGGUUCCCCUGCAUCCCCCUGGCAGUGGUGGGAUCAGGUGCCACCAGCUGCCUCCCACAGCACCGCUACUGUUGUGCAUGGUGGCUCCUGGCACCUGGGAUGUGUUGGGUUUUGAGCUGGUUUUUGGGGACCAGGUGGUGAAUGUAAGAUUUGGAGUGUCCUCCCUCCAUGUGCAGGAUACUUGGGGGUGAUAUCCUGCCCCAUCCUGGUCCAUGCACACUGCAGCCCCUAUGAGGCUGUAAGGGGGUUCCAGGUCCCCUCAGCUCAGUUUGGUUUGCACCACUUCUGGGGUCACCACAGAGACUUUCCCCCAACUGUCUGGGUGAGGAGACCCCCUCUUGGAACUCAGCCCCCCCUGCCAUCCCCAGCCCCUCAUCCCAGUCCUCAGUCAUCCUUCCCACAGCAGAGCCGCACAGUUUUUGGUGGGACCCCACGGGGGUGACAUUACCACCCUCUCUGUCCCAGCACCAGCCCUUCCCAGCACCGCUGUGCCCCCACACUUCCAAAACCUUUCCUAACUGAAAGAUGGGAUUUUUGGGAGCUUUUUGGAGGUUUUGGCUUUUUUUCUUCUGCUUCUAAUUGUGGGGUUUCUACUGGGGUUUCCUGGAAGGAGUGAGCAGGGGCUGCUCAUUAGUGGAAACAAAGGGCCAGCAGCUGCUUAUAAACAAUUUAGAAGUGGGCAGGUAGUGGGGGGCAGCGGUGCUUCUUGGCACCCUGUGGCUGGGACAGGACUUCGUUACUAAUUUCUCAGCAGCAGAGAAGUUGAUCUGGGGAAAGCACCUAAAUCUGGCGUGUUUGGGUGCUGAGCCUUGGCAGGAAUCCAUUCCUCAGUUUCCCUCUGGCUGUGGCUGGGAUUUUGGGGUGCUGGAGGAAGCAGUGGGGCACCCAUGUUUUGUAAUUGUUUGUACAGGAAUAAAUAUUGCUGCAGUCUGUUACCUUGA